AUGGCGCAGGCCGCCUGCAUCGUCUACCUCAACAUGGAGUACUUUGCCGAUUCGGGUGAGCCGCGGGAGCCCGACGGGAUGGGCCUGUGGGAGUCCAAGGUCCGGAGGCGAGUUAGGCAGUACCCCUUUGUCCGAUACGCAGCCCUCAACUAG